AUGGCGAUGUCGGAGCAAUUUUCUUUGCGUUGGAACGAUUUCCAUGCAAAUCUGUCCCAGUCCUUCCAAGCUUUGUUGGAAGGUGAAGACCUGGUAGAUGUGACGUUGGCGGCGGGAGGACAGUACGUCCAAGCGCACAAGCUCAUCUUAUCCGUCUGCAGUCCCUACUUCAAAGAGCUAUUUAAGAUGAACCCCUGCGAACAUCCUAUUGUAAUCUUAAAGGAUGUUGCACAUCAAGAACUGCGCCAGCUCCUUCAGUUCAUGUACCGUGGUGAGGUUCAUGUUAGGCAGCAGGAGCUUUUUGCCUUUCUUCAUACCGCUGAACUUCUUCAAGUUAAAGGCUUGACUGGAGGCAGGGAUCGUAGCGAAUCACCGCCGCCCGUGUCAGAUGAGAAUAAAGGACCCGGGGCACCGGAACCGUCGGGGGACAGCCAGCCUGAGUGGGUGCCCGGGGGAGAAGAUACCAUAGCAACCGAAUCACCCACUGAAUUCACUGGAGCGUCCAUAAAAGAGGACGCUGCGCGAAGUCCGUUGAAACGGUUACUAAAAGAUGCGCCGAAUAAGAACAGUUGCAACAUAAAGAAAAAAUCACGACCAGUCAACAACAGUCCAACUCAUAUUGAAAACACCGAAUAUGCUUCCGAUGGCGAACCACUGAUUGAUUUCGACACCGACGUUUACAACAAUGCAGAGUCUGCUAAAGAGUCAGGAUGGAAUUGUAAAACCGGCGGCGUAAAAUGCCCGUCCUGCCAUAGAUACUUUGCCAACCGCUACAAUCUCAAGGUCCAUAUAAGGGAUAAGCAUGAUACUCGAGAGGGAACUCUCCAAUGCGAUAUUUGUCAGAAAAGGAUGCGGAACCCAUCAUGUUUACGCGUGCAUAUGUACCAUCAUCGCAAACAGGCGGCUUAUCUAGCUCAGCUUAGCACUCAAGGCGAUCAAAUGCGACAAGUUGUGCAAAACAUGGUUGGAAACAAGUGGCGCUCUGACCCAAUUGGCAGUACCGAAUUGAAGGAUGGGGAUAAUUUGCCAUCGCCGGCACCUGCUUCUGGGUUGAACAAGUACCAAAAUGCUUCGGAUGCGUUCCAAAUGACCGCUGAGCCCGUGGUUCCUGAGAAUCGAGCGAGCCCUGAGACCGUAUGA